AUGCAGACUUUAAAAUGUGUAGUAGUAGGAGAUGGUGCUGUUGGUAAAACCUGUCUAUUAAUUUCUUAUACCACGAACCAAUUCCCUGCUGAUUAUAUACCAACUGUUUUUGAUAACUACGCAGUUACUAUAAAUAUAGGUGAUCAACCUUAUACAUUAGGGUUAUUUGAUACUGCUGGUCAAGAAGAUUAUGAUAGAUUAAGACCAUUAUCUUACCCUUCUACUGAUGUGUUUUUGUUAUGUUUUUCAGUUAUUUCUCCCUCGUCGUUCGCAAAUAUCAAAGAAAAAUGGUAUCCAGAGAUAAAACAUCAUUGUCCAGGUGUACCUUAUUUAAUUGUUGGUACACAAAUUGAUUUAAGAGAUGAUAAAAUAAUCAUUGAAAAAUUACAAAGACAAAGAUUAUCACCAAUCACAAGAGAAAAGGGUGCCAGCUUAGCUAAAGAACUUCAUGCAGUAAAAUACGUUGAAUGUUCUGCUUUGACUCAAAGAGGUUUGAAAAACGUCUUUGAUGAAGCCAUUGUUGCUGCUAUUGAACCUCCAUCAAAUAGUAACAGUAGCUCUGGUAAUGUUAAAAGAGGUACUGCUAGAGGUAACGCAACUGCUGCAAGAACAGCCUCCAGAACCGGUUCAAAGACCAAGAAACUUUGUACAAUUCUAUAA